AUGACUCGGGAGCUGCGUCCGCAAGUUGGGCGCGGGCCGCGCGUUAACCGUUCCGCGCGGUGUGUUUUGUGCUUGCUCCGGGUUUGUCGCCGCAACUCGCAGCCUAGCGACGAGUACGACCGCGUUUGGGCUCUGCGAAACGCUUACCCCUCCCGCCUGUGCGCACCCCGACUGCCCCCGGUCCCGCACACGUCGCCGCCCCGCACACGUCACGGCCGCCCGGAGCGGGGCGGGCUGACCGCCGGCUCCCAUGGCAGCGGUGCGCGGCAGGCGGAGAGUGCUUCCGCUCGCAGCGGCCACACGGCGGCAGCGCCCGCCCGCGCUCAGGCCGCGCCGCGCCGUAACGUGGAUCCAGGCCUGCGCUGGGCAGGAGAAGAGGACAGCAUGUGGCCGCCGCCGCUGCCAUGGCUCCUGGCGUGGCUGCUCCUGGCAGCCCGUUGCGGGGCUGCUGCGGCGGCGGCCUUUCCUUCCCGGAGUGCCGCUGUUGAUUCCCAGCGCCCCACGGUGGCGGCUGGCGACGGAACCACGCGAAGCAGUAGCAGCCGCCUGGCCGAGGUGUCGGCUCCUCCCGAGCACGGCCAGCCCAUGACUCAGCGCGCCCUGUCCGUGUUAGUGCUGGCCAGCGCCUCCCUCAUCGUCUACUUCGUGAUCCGGACCGUGCGGCUCAGAAGGCAGAACAGAAAAACCAGAAGAUAUGGAGUUUUGGAUACAAACAUAGAAAACAUGGAGCUGACCCCACUAGAGCAAGAGGAUGAUGACGAUGACGAUACAACACUAUUUGAUGCCAAUAUUCCUCGGAGGUCUUUUGCAUCUGCAUUGAAGCUUAGUAAUCAGUCUCCAUGUCACUGCUUAACCAAGAAUGACCAAGGGGGAGUACAAAACGCAUAAGCAAUCAAAGAGUUGCUGAGGACAACUUGAUGAUAAUGAUGCUCAGAUGUUCUCAGAUGUCAUUAUUGUGCUGACAUUUACAGUAAUUCAGAGAGAGGUACGUGCCUUCCAGUCAAAGAACUUACCUUAGACCCAGAAAAGACUGCUUCGUGGGAAGAAUAAGAAGCAAGAGGGUAUGCAAGUUGAGGAGACUAAUUUAAUUGUGUAUGUUACGACAUAAUUUGUUGCAAUAAGUACUGUAUCAAUUUGUUGUACCUUUUUUUUUGUAUAUAGAGGCUUCCAAAUGUAAAGCCUGUGGGCAGAAAGUGCACUGAAACAAACAAAAAAAAACCUAUUUGGAAAGCAGAUUACUUUUUAAAACAGGGUAUUUCUUUUUGUUUGUUUCUUACAAAUCUUCUGUGCCAUCAGCUUGGGAUGCCUUUUAUCUACAGGAACUUGGAAUGCUAACAAAUAUUUUUUUUUCUGAUACUAAUGUAGUCACUUUGGACUCUUCAGAGCUUUUAGAACUUUGUUUUGGUUGAGAAGAUGCUUUUAUCCUUUACCAAUAAAGAAGCCAAACUGCUGCCUUUUGCAUUGAGACUUUGAAACACUGAAUUGUUCUAUGUAAACUUGAGCCAACAAAUAAAAAGUUUAGAUCAUUCCUGUCAUUCAGUUAGUAUGGUACUUCCAGACUACAGAUUUUAAGGACAGAAUCUUGUAAAACACAUUACUGCAAUGUCUGUUUUAUGUAAGACUGCUGAUUACAACUGUUGAGUCAUUUUUUUUGUCAGCUGCAUCCUCACCUUGUGUAAACAGACAUUGCUUACUGACUUUAGGGUGCUGAUGGUGUAGUCCACGCAGUGUCAGGGUUUAGACCUGUGGAGAAGCCUUUGGGUAGCUCUUCACUUUUGUUCUCUUUAAGCAAUAUAGCUCAAAUACUAAAUUUACCAUAAACCUAAAGUGAAAAAGGUGACAUGAGAAGCAGCUGCAUUAAAUACGUGGUGAUAUUCACAUGAAUGUAAUUGGCAUCCAUCAGUUGCAUUUAUUUGGUAGCUACUGCUGUAAAAACAAAUCAAUAUUAGGACCUGGAAAACCUAAUUUGAAAAAAAAAGAAGUUUUUUUCUGUUUCCACAGGAGUCUUGAUAAUGCAGACAGAGUGUUUAAAUUCCAGUUCAUUAGGAUCACUGUGUAAAUUUGUUCUUCAUUCUGUGUAUAUCUCGUACCAUGGCAUAAUCCUGCUGUAGCAGAACUGGUGGGACUGCCUAUGUUUCCUGAAAGUUCCUGUGAAAGGGCUGUGUGGAGAGGCAGACUCAGUCCCUUGAACAAAGUUGAAAUACCUUGUUUGUCUUUGAGGUUAUUUCUGUACUGAUGAGGUGGGAAGGGGGUUCAGCUUGUAGACUCUUCAAACUCUGUACCAGCCAACUUGUACUGAAACGUACUUGCCCUACUAACAACUCAGAUGAGGUCUGAAGUAAUUCAUCAACGUCAAAUCAACUUCCCAAGGUAAUUUUCAUCUACAGUUGCCCAUUUGCCACACACUGCUGGGAAGUAAAUGGUAUUUACAAUAAAUGCAAAUUUGUUUUCCUUCCUCUCA